UAAAAAAAUAUCAGUCCACACACUUGUUUGUGAUUGUGGUGUCAAGGGAGUUGUGCAAACUGCAAACCUCAUUUUGAUUGCACAGAGAGCAAAUCUAUGGCUUCCACCACUACUUCACUUACAGUAAGGACUUUCCCAUCCCGUUGUGUGCUAAAUGCAAACACAAAUCCUCCUACCAAACAGGCGGCGGCGGCUCUCCCGGGGCGGAGGCAGUUGAUUUCUCUGGUGACGGCGACAACGGUACUGAAAGCGCUGGAUAUGCCGUCCAAGGCUGCGGACAUUGGCCUCUUCGGACUGAGAAAGAAGCUUAAGAAAGUAGAAGAGGAGGCAGAAGAAUUAGUGAAGGAGGGAUUUGAGGCGGCAGACAAAGGAAUCGCAGCGGCAGAGAAGGGAAUUGAAGCGGCGGAGAAAGGAUUAGUGACGGCUGAGAAGGGGAUUGAAGCAGCGGAGGAGAAGAUCGAGAGUACAGUGAGUUUCGGUGGGUUGGCGCAAGCUGGAGCGGUGGCCGGAGCUGAAUUUGUUGGAGUUUUGGUUGCCGGAGCUGUUGUUAAUGGUAUUUUAGGACCUGAACCUCAAAAAUCUUGAAAAGAUUCUUGCUUUUCAUUGUUGUUAUUUGCAAAUUAAAUUUGCUAAAUUCAAAGCUUGGGCAUUUCUAUUAGUGUAACAAUUAAUCCUGUUAUAUAAUAUGUCUUUAUAAAUUAUUUAAC